UUAUCCCCGUUCAAUCAACAGAAACUACAGUCCCCAUAGUUACUUGGAAAUUCUCACAGCCUCAGCUGCUCGGCUGUCUGAAAUGCAUUCAUUGAACAACAGCGCGCACACGAGUUCAGUUGAGGGAGAAAUUAGAGGUUCACAAUGACCGGAGGUCUAGCUGUAAACUAACUUGCUUUCAAUCAUUGUCAAUCCAUGGAAUGGAGCAAAGGUUGACAUUCUCUCAUACAUACAGUAUGAAAAUGGCUGCAGCUAGCACUUUAACUCCAUGUUCGUCAUUGUGAAAGGUUUCCCCCUCACCCCCUCUGUAAUGUUUAACACUGGAUCCUUUGUGGAACUUGUAAGGGAAGAGUGCUAACAGGAAUCUUUACUCAUUGUCUGCGUAGAAACCCUGAAUUUGAGGUUUAGGCCCUACUCUCUGAUUUCUAUGAAAAUUCCUAUAGCAAGCCUCUUCACUAUAGCGUACCACUUAGUAAUUUGAUACUGUCAGAGGUAGACUUGGGACUCCAGUGUCCACUGUCAGGCCACUGCCAUGGUGGACAAAGACGCUAUGGUGAGUGGGGACAGGGCUGUGGAGGAAGAGGCUAAACUGGACCUGAAGGAGACCGCCCCUGGAGAGCCUGACCCUGAGAUGGCUCUUCCCCCACCUGAGGACCCCUCAGACGGCCAGACCAAGACAGCCCGGACCUGGGAGUUGUCGGUGGUGUUCCUGUGUUUCUAUGGGUUUAUGGUGCAGCUGAAGCCUGGGGAGCCCUUUAUAACACCAAACCUGCUCAGCACGGAGAAGAACUUCACCAGGGAACAGGUGACCAAUGAGAUCAACCCGAUCCUGUCCUACUCCUACAUGGCGGUGCUGGUGCCAGUCUUCCUCCUGACAGACGUCCUGCGCUACAAGCCAGUCCUGGUCCUCUCCAGCCUCAGCCACGUGGCCAUCUGGCUCCUCAUCCUCCUAGGCUCCUCCCUCUUAGAGAUGCAGUUCAUGGAGUUCUUCUACGGCAUCACCAUGGCAGCACGCGUGGCCUACUCCUCCUAUAUCUUCUCCCUGGUCACCCCAGAGCUCUACCAGCGCGUGGCCAGCUACUCGCGCUCUUCCGUCCUCAUGGGGGUGUUUACCAGCUCGGUGCUGGGUCAGGUGCUGAUAUCCGUGGGCAGGCUCUCCUUCGCCACACUCAGUGCUGUCUCCUUGGGCUUGGUGUCCUUCGGCCUGGUUCUCUCAUGCUGCCUGCCCUGGCCCAAGAGGUCCCUGUUCUUCAACAGGGCCCACCGCGCUGCCCAGAGGAACCUCCAGGAGCAGGCUGCAGCGCAGUCAGAGCUGGCCAGGAUGAAGCAGGGAGAAGGGGGCUUGGGUUCAGAUGACACACCCUCCCUGGCCCCUCUCAGCUCUGGUUCCUCCUGGAGGGACUCGGUGUUCAUUCAGAUGCUGAAGGAGCUGAGGAACGUGCCGCGGAGGCCCAGCCUCAGACUGUGGAGCCUGUGGUGGGUGUUCAACUCGGCUGGCUACUACCUGGUGCUGUUGUACGUCCAUGUCCUGUGGAACAAGGUGUACCCCGCCACGGAGAACAAACACGUCUACAACGGAGGGGUGGAGGCUGUCUCCACACUACUGGGUGCGAUCACGUCGUUUGCAGCAGGCUUCGUGAAGAUCCGCUGGAACGUGUGGUCUGAGCUGGUGAUCGGUGUGAUCACGGCUCUGCAGGCUGGCCUGCUGCUCCUCAUGGGGACCACCAGCAACAUCUGGGUCUGCUAUGUGGCCUACUCCUUCUUCAAGGGUUUCUACCAGUUCCUCGUGCCUAUCGCCAUGCUCUACAUUUGA